UUUUGCAUUCGAUUAUUAUACAGUUUUAAUGUAUAAACAGCAUGGAUUGACAGAUAUUGCCUGUAGAUCUGAUUCUAAAUUCGUUUUGAUAGGUGACGAAAGCGAGGAGAUCGACGGCACUGGAUGGUCCGAUAAACCUAUCAGAACCUGGUGUCAAGAGGAAACAAUAAAUUGGCUUAUGUCAGCCGCGUCAUAUAUCGGUCAACCUUACAGUUCCAUUCAGCACAGUCUCGCCGUAUCCGGGAAAGAAAUUGUUACUUUUACGCGAGAAGAUUUUAUUAAUCACGAUCCUGUGUACGGAGACCGAUUGUACAAUCUUCUCCAUUCGCAACGUAUAUCAAACCUUUUACCACCAUUUGAUACCAUUCAGGCACAAUCGGAGGAUGAGUAUACGCGAGUCAAUUCUAGCAACAUAUCCGAUGCGGAAUCAGAUAAUAGUAUCGAAAUUGCAACCAAGAGGCUGCCAGGUAGACCAAGAGUAUUAAAGACUAAGAAAAAUACCGCGAGUCAAGGAAAAUUAUGGGAAUUUAUUAGAGAUUUACUACGUAAUAGAGAAACGUGUCCAAGUUUAAUCUGCUGGGAAGACUAUUCACAAGCCAAAUUUCGCUUCGUAAAAAGCGACGAAGUGGCAAAACGAUGGGGUUCGCGGAAAGGAAAUACAAAAAUGACUUAUGAAAAACUUAGUCGAGCUAUGAGGUACUAUUACAAGAGCAAAAUAUUUCUGCCAGUACUUGGUCGCAGACUGGUAUAUCAAUUUGGACCAAAUGCGAAAGGAUGGCAAACGGAUAACCCAAAUUUCCGAUACUGAAAUGGUGUGUCGAAAAAAAGUCACAAGUUCGUAAUAUCGAACGUGUAAAAUCGAAAAAUUGUAAAAUAUUUCGCACGAUGUGCGAAUGAAAUGUUUUUCAACAUUAGAAAAACAAUUACUGUUAUACGUCCGUUGUAUUUUAAACAUCGUCAAAUGUUAUGUUUCUUACAGAUAAAGCUAAUAAUAGAACAAUCUUUA